AUGCUGAACUUAACGUUCUUUGAUGACGACGGAAGCUUUUGUCGCAUCCAGGAAGCCUUCACCGUUGCCUCGGUGAUCAACCCGCUGAUGGCCAUAGGCAAGCUGUUUCGAGAAGGCUGGGAGUUGCGAGUGAACGAAGAAGAAGGUAUGUGUCUUACAGACGGAAGCUCAAGAAUACCAGUGCAUCUCCACAAGAACAGCUUGGCAGCCUACGCCUACGUACAAACUCCUUCAAGAAGCAGAAGUUACAGCAGCACCAACUACAAGAUGGUUCGGACAGUUGUUCAGCUCAACAAGCAUGUUCAGGAAGCAGUGAACAAAGAAGAACCUGGUUGGCACAACACAGACAGCAUGGUGAUCGUGAAGUACGCCACUCAAAGCAACUACGAGAACCCAUCUCUCAUGUAUAGCCCUACGCACUUUCCGUACAGAAGCACUUUGGUGAAAGAAGAGAGAGGAUGGAGAGCAGUUGAAGUUUCAAAGAAGUACUCCGAGAAGGCAGACCCUUUUGAAGAGUUUGCAGAAGGAGAAAAGGAAGUGGUUACAGCCAUUUCAGCAAAGCCAAUUCCACUUUGGAUCCUUGGCACCCCUUACGCAGCUGGAGAUCGAGCAGAGCAAGAAAGUCAUGGUCGUGACUACUGGAAAAUGGACCUCGAGAAAGGAGAAGUUGUUCGUCACCACGUAGUACCGAGAACUGUACUGUUUGACCCGACAGGAGUUUCCAACUGUCCUGUCCUCCUUGGAGAUCUUGAGAACAGCAGGUAUACCCAAGGAGACUGCAUCUACAGUACGGAGAUCUACGAACACAGCGACGACUGGAGAGCAGACCGCCUACCUCUACGUGAACACUUUCGUUUGCCGUGGUUUGGUCAAACAAGGUUCCGUGUGAAGCCAGAAGUUGUUGAAGACCUAAAAGCAGAAGCUGCAGCAGAGGAGCUAAAGAAGAAGAAGGAAGAACACUACAAAGAGAAGGAAGAUUCAGCAGUACCACCAGAAGUGCAGGAGAGUAAAGACGAAGAGAUGAGAGAAGCACAAGGAGACCAAGAAGCACCACAAGAAGUUGUUGAAGUUUUGGAGGAAAGCUUCUACCACGAAGGCGUCGAGUACACAGCUCAGAAAAGCAGUCUUAAGGAACUACAAGCACUUUGCAGAGAGUACAGAGUGAAGACAACAGGAAGCAAGAAGCAGCUCUUGAAGAGACUCGCCACAGCAGUCAGAGAAGAAAGGCUCAGCACGCAACACAAGGAACAACGGGAACACCACCAAGCAUACCACCUAGCACCACCACAGGAACCAACGGAAGAGGAGAGAGCGUACCACAACUUGACGCACCUUCCGUAUCAGCCUUGGUGUCCUCAUUGCGUUGCUAUGAAAGCACGAGAAGACAACCACAAGAAAGGAUUGAGCAAGCCAAGCAGCUCUACGGAUUCCGCGAAGCCCGUCAUCAGUUUUGACUUUUGCUAUACAAGCACCACAGGAAGUGAAGAGCCACCAGCAGUGACUCUUGUCGCUGUGGACAGCUGGAGCAAGGCAGUCUUGGCAGUGCCCUGCAAGAGGAAAGGAGGAGCAGGAAGCACAACGCACCUCGCGGAAGCACUCGUGCAGUUCACCACGCAGCUCGGGUACAACACCCUCGUUCUCAAAGCAGACAACGAGAACGCAGCCAAAGCACUCAAGGACAAAGUACAGAAAGUACGCAGCAGCCUUGGACUUUCUACAACACUACAGGAAAGCAUUCCUUACGACCACGAAAGCAAUGGAGCCGCAGAAAGAGCAAUACAAACAGUACGGAGGCAAGCGAACACCAUUCUCGAUGAACUCAGAGAAAGAACACAGCUGGCAAUACCACACGAGCACGCAGUAGUAAGCUGGGCGUUUAGACACGCCUGCUGGCUACUCAACAGGUUCGCAGUGAGCAGCUCCACAGGAAGAACGCCACAGGAAGUUAUCCACGGAUACCCCUACUCAGGGAAACUUGUACCCUUUGGUACUGUUGUGAUGGCGAAGAGGUUGAAGAUCAAGAAGAAAGGCGACAGGAUAUGGAAUGCAGGAAUAUUUUUAGGCAAGACAGAACAAGACACAUGGAUCGUUGCACAGCCUGAUGGCAUACAUAUCACACGCAGCGUGAGACCACUACCAGAACAGUACGACUCCAAAAGAACAAGCAACAUAGAGGUCCAUACCUGGAACCUCAACACGCCACUCCUUGGAGCAAGAGUACUCCCAGAGAAGAAGCAAAGACAACGACCACAGCUAAGCAUCCUGCCCCCUGUUGCCGAGGAAGAACGCGAACAGCUCGAGAACGACGAGGCCGCUAGCGAUCCUCCGAGUUCGGAGGACAGCAGUGAAGAGCAGCAACAAGCACUUGAAGACAGAGAGGAACAAAGUGAAGCCAGCAGCAUGAGUGUGACGAGAGAUAGGAAAAGAAGAGCUGAAGUUGAUGACGAGACCCUUUUGGAGGAACUCAGAGCAGUCGAGCCACUUACAGCCUCAGCAGAAGCACUUUCAGCACCAGCUGAACCAAGAGCAGAAGCAAGCAAACACAGCCUUGAGCCUGAGGAACCAAGCUCACCCAGCAAGCUACGAAAGCAAGUUAACAGAGCAGAGGAAACAGACGGUUACCUCAACAUGCCUCAUGAUGAUGAAGUCUACGAAGCAGAUGAUGAGUUUGUGUACGAGUCGGAAGAAGAAGAAGAGGAGACAGAGAGUGAACCAACGGAAGUUUCUACCAAGGUCCCUGUCGAGUUCUUCGACGAGGAGAAAGGACCACCGAACGUGGACCCGGCUUUUCUUCAGAAGUUGGACGAUGAAGCUACAGUCAAAGAAAUCAAAAGGUUAACAAAGAUGGGAGUUAUUUCGUUGGUUUCUACAGAUCCUCAGGAAGUAACUGAGAAUGUACCUCUGGUAGAUUCAGAGCAAGAACUUCACAAGUGGUUGACAACGAAGUUGGUGAAAGAUUGGAGGUUCAGAGAAGCUACAGGUUUUGAAGCUGAAGAAGUCAAAGAAGGAACAACAAAGCCCAAGCAGAUUCAAAGAUGCUGGCAACGACGAAUUACAAAACUGGUACCCAUGUUGGCUCUCGCCAACCAUUGGGCGAUCUACAGUGUCGACGUGAAGGUCAACGCGACGCAUCCAGUCUUUGGUCAGACUUUUGUGAUGGUCUUUUGGUGGAAGAGAAGUUUGAGCGUUGUACUGCAGUUCCAGCACUUUACCGUCUUCUACGACAAGGAAAAGUGGAACCUCAAGAAGAAAGUGAACCUACAAAUUGAAGGACCUCUUCUGAACGAGGAAGACUACGAGAAAGGAUUUUCUGAGGAGACCGUGAAGUUUCUCAAAAGGAAGUACACGUACGAACAACAUGAACUACGAGUACAUAGCGAUAGCAAGUACGUGAAGAAACUCGUGGAGAUCCUCAAGCUGGAGAAGAAGAAGGCCAAGAACUCACCCUGCACACCGGCUAGUCAGGAACCUGACGUAUCCCAAGAACUGGACGAGGAACACUCGAGAACGUACAGAAGUUGUGUCGGCAUUUUGCUGUACGUAGCGCACGACCGUCCGGACAUUCAGUUCGCAGUACGUAGCCUCAGUACUGCCAUGACGAAGCCAACGGAACGUAAAAGAAAGGAGUUGGAGCACUUGGCGCUCUACCUCAAAGGAACGUCAGACUACGCCGUUACGUACCACAGGAAGUCAGUGAGUUGCGCCAUGUUCUACCUGGACGGUGCAUACUUCUACAGCUACAGCAGGACACAGAAGUCGAUAGCAUUAUCUUCAGCAGAAGCAGAAUACAUGGAGAACGAGUACUACUCAAAGCAUACACAGACAGUUCCGCAUGCCGCGGAAUCACAAACCGCCAAGGAACAGGAAGAGUCAAGCACCUACAGAUUCGGUUACUUUGGCUACAAGCAGCAAUACGUGAAGGCAAGCUUACUGUACACGCAGUUGGUGAACUACGACGUGGACUCCUUCGACGAGGCAAAGAAAGAAGUGACAGAGAGAGCAGAGAAGUUGAAGAAGGAGGAAGAAAACCUGGAGAAGGAGAAGGAGCAGUUUGGAAACCAGAAGACAGAGUUUGAGGAGACAGUAAAAAGGUUUUUGAAGAAGCAGAAGGAGGUGAAGGAAAAGGAAGACAAAGUUACAGAAAGAGAAGAGAAGUUAGAGAAGGACCAAGAGACCGUUCAACAGCAAGCCAAGGUCUUAAGCGAGAAGGAGACAGCCCUUGAAGAAGCUGAGGAGAACGAAAGAACCGCCGGCUACGACCAGGAGAGAGAAGAGUACGCCAAGAAGUACGUUGACGACGCGAAGAAGGACUUGGAGAGAGAGCUUAAGGUGCUAAAGCAAGAAGAGAAAGUAAGGAACCAGAAGCUCGACGACCUCCAGUACGACUACAAGAGCCUCAAGGACGACUACCAGUACUUCAAAGGUUACUCACAGGAAGUGGACGCACUUCUACUUGCAGCUAAGGACAAGAUCGUGAAGUACAAGAAGAAGGUCAAAAGCCUCAAGGAAACCUUAGGUGCAACCUUGUCUGGAAGCGAAGGUGAAGAAGAGACAGAAGAGCCGUACAAGAGCAAAGCAGAAGAAGAGAAAGAGAAGAAAGAAGCGCAGGCAAAAGAGGAAGAGAAGAAGAAAGGAAAAAGGCCAAAGCAGGUAGAGACAGAAGACCAAGAAGAGAAGCCGUCAAGCAACCAAGGAGACGAAACUACCGUCGACCCGAACGACAUAGCCGAGUUCACGCAGCUUGGCUACGUGUGGGAGUUCAACAAGAAGACGCAAGAGUACCGCGCGAAGUGUGAAGACAAGAAAGGUGCAGCGAGAAUCAAGAAUGCGCCUGUCAAGGGACGCAUGCUCUGGAACAAGGUGACAGAGUGUUACAGGAAGCACAACGUUUGGUUUACAGACGGAAAGGAAUUGGAUAAAUUCCUCGAGACCAAGGAGAACGAGAAGAUCGAGGAAGAGGUGCAGCGACGCAUCCACGCGAAAGGCAAGCAUGACAACCAAGGAACGAAGGGAAAAGGCCCUUCCUGGGACGACGGACAGAACGACGGUUGGUACUACAACGAGCAGUGGAACAACGAGAACUGGAGCACCACCGACGACGGCAGCAACUGGUACGAGAACGCGAACCCGCACAACAAAGGCUACUGGCAGACGCCAGAAGAGUGGGCGCAGCAGAACCAGUGGGACCAGUGGACACCCAAAGGAAAGGGUAAAGGCAAGAAGUCCAAGAACUGGGCACAGACCCAGUGA